CCUGCCGCUAUUCUUGCGGUUGCUAUAGAGUUCUGUGCAGAGAGUCCUCACUGGCUUUUAAAGAGAGGAAGAGGAACUGAAGCUGAAAAUGAACUUGAAAAGCUUCAAGGAGGUUUAUUUGUCAGAUCUGCUAUGGGCGAAUUAUCAAAGUUGGUCGGAGGAGAUGAAACACAUUCAGUGAAGCUGUCAGAGUUGUUAUGUGGUUGCUAUUUUAGAGUGGUUUUCACUGGGUCUAUCCUUUUUGCUUUACAACAGCUAUCUGGCAUAAACGCUGUAUUCUAUUUCUCAUCAAUUGUAUUUAAAAGUGCUGGUGUGCCUUCAGAUACGGCAAAUAUAUGCGUAGGAGUUUGCAAUUUAUCAGGAUCAAUUAUUGCGAUGCUUUUGAUGGACAAACUGGGAAGAAAGUCACUUCUUAUUUGGAGUUUUUCAGGGAUGGCAUUGGCAAUGUCCCUUCAGGCAAUGGCCUCCAGUUAUUUUUUCUCAGGCUCUGGCACAUUAUAUCUAUCUGUGGGAGGCAUGCUGCUGUUUGUCUUGACAUUUGCUACUGGUGCUGGUCCAGUCCCAAGUCUCCUCCUCUCAGAAACAUUCCCUGGUCGAAUUAGGGCUAGGGCAAUGGCUAUUUGCAUGGCUGUGCAUUGGGUUAUAAAUUUCUUUAUUGGUCUUUUGUUCCUGCGCUUAUUGGAGCAAAUAGGGCCAUUGGCCCUUAAUUCAAUCUUUUGUUCCUUUUGUGUGGUAGCAGUAGUUUUUGUAAAGAAGAAUGUAGUGGAAACCAAAGGAAAAUCACUUCAGGAAAUUGAGAUUGCACUACUUCCCCCAGAGUAGAGGGAGGUACACAAAAAUUAUUUGGAGGAGAAAUGUUUGUUGGAAUUUUAGGUCAAAGAGAAAACAUGUAAAGGAUUCUAUAGACGAAGAAGUGAGGCAAGAUGCGUUUUCAGUAGUUUUAUCUUGGCAAUCAAGAAAGCCAAUGUAAAUCCUCACGAGCAGUGUCCUUAUGCUGAUUUCUGCUGACGGAAAUAAUACAAAACGCACAAAAGAUUUGUGUUGUUAAAUACAAUGUUAAAAUUCAAGGUAAUUUAUCCA